GCAUUCCUCAAGGACCUGAAAUUGAACGUAAAUUAAAACAGGAAAAAGAGUUGUAUGAAGGACAAUUAAAGACUCAAUCAUUAAGUCUUAACAAUGCUCUCUGUGUCUACAUAAACAAACUUAAUGAAUCAUUAAAUUUGCUCAGUCCUGUUCAAGCUCAUAUUAUUGAUAAGGCAUUAAUUCAGUGGAAACGUGAACAACAAUUAGCUGGUAACGGAUAUAAAUACAUGAAGGAUAUAGAUGUCAUACAAACUUGGUGUGAGAAAUUAUGUGAUUUAAUAUGGAUAACUCGUUCACAAAUUAAAGAAGCUGAUCGUUUUAGAGUGAAUUUGGGUCGUUAUUUUGAAUUACCUCAAUCGUGUGAAAUAAUAAACACGCUUCUUGAUAUGACAACACAAUAUCUUUCAUCGUUAGUGGCAAGUACUUUUGUAAUCAUAACUCAACCACCUCAAGUAUUAAAAACUAACACAAGGUUUGUAGCUGAAGUUCGUCUGUUAAUUGGAGGAAAACUCAAUAUUCAUAUGACGUCACCUGUG